AUGCCACACACUGUCGAGACGCCGACGACUCACACCUCGUUCUCGGGAAAUGCACGAAUUGUGCUGUCCGACAAGUCUCGAAAGGCAGACUUUAACGAGAUUCCGAUUAUCUCGCUCGCGUCACCUCGUGAAGAGGUUGUUGUACAAGUCUUUGACGCAUGCACUCGAGUUGGAUUCUUCUAUAUCAAGGAUCAUGAUGUGCCGCAAGACGUGAUUGAUAAGACCUUCGAUGCUGGGAAAAUGUUCUUCGCACUACCAAUUGAUCAAAAGAACGAGACACAUUUCCGAAAGAACAAGUUGCUCCGCGGUUAUGAGGGUCCCGGCGAUACUAAGGCCGACUCGGCAUCGACACACAGACCGGAUCUGAACGAAUCCUUCAACUGGGGUUACGAGGCUGACUUAGACCCUGUAAAGUCUCUCGACAGUAUAGGCGAAGCAUGGGGAGACAAUCUGAUGCAAGGUCCAAACUACUGGCCUAGUAUGCCUGGUUUUAAGGAAAGGGUGUCACCCUACUAUGCCGAGUGUCUCACUCUUGGCCGGCGUCUCAUUCGUCUAUUCGCAAGCGCAUUAGGCGCUCCCGAGAACUACUUUGAUGAGAUGUUUCGCAGACCGGGUGCAAUGAUGCGUCUUAUUCAUUAUCCCCCUCAGCAGCCUGAUGACGUCAACGUUCUUGGUAUUAGUCCGCACCAAGACAUUGAAUGCUUCACGAUCUUGUGCCAAGGAGAGGAGGCUGGACUGCAGAUUCUCAACGGCAAAGGAGAAUGGAUCGAGGCGCCACCCAUCAAGGGGACUUUCGUCGUCAACAUAGGUGACAUGAUGUCACGCUGGUCAAAUGACGUCUUUACGUCUACUCUUCACCGAGUCAUCAACAAGACUGGAAGGGAACGUUACACAAUUCCUUUCUUCUUUGGUCCUAGUUAUGACGCUGUUAUAGCACCUUUGCCUUUCAAAACGUGCAAUUCAGAUGGGAAGGGGCCUCGUUACGAGCCAGUACAAGCUGGGGAGUAUGUGUGGAAACGCUUAGCAGACCAGAAAGUAGAUGACAAGAACUAG